CUCAGGGGCGGCAACAUAAAAGAGAGCCGCUGCCAGUCUCCUUCACCGCUGGCUUUCCUGUCCCCGCCCGAGCAUCUUGAUGGAGCUCCGAAGGACCUCAGCCAAGGAUCUGGACAAGUUCAUCGAAAACCACCUCCUGCCAGACAGUCCCUUCCGAGACAGGGUCAAUGAAGCCAUUCACAUCAUCUGCAGCUUCCUGAAGGAGAGGUGUUUUCUCCAGGGUGGCGGCCGCCCUGUCCGGGUGUUGAAGGUGGUAAAGGGUGGUUCCUCCGGCAAGGGCACUGCCCUCAGAGGCCGGUCUGACGCUGACCUCGUGGUCUUCCUGAGCUCCUUCGGGAGUUUUCAGGAGCAGUUUGAUCGCCGAGAAGAGUUCAUCCAGGAAAUCAGAAGACAGCUGGAAGCCUGCAGAAGAGAGAAAAUGUUCCAGGUGCAAUUUGAGAUCCGGAAGAACACAGCAAUGAUGCAGAGCCAUAGUACAGCCGUGGUGCAGAGUCACAGAUGGGGGAACUCCCGCGUGAUACGGAAACCUCGCUCGCUCAGCUUCACGCUCUCCAGCUGUUCCUGGAGCUGUCCCCAGGAGGGGGUGGAGUUUGAUGUCCUGCCCGCCUUUGAUGUCCUGGGUCAGGUGACAAAAGACUACAGACCUGACCCCCAAAUCUACGUCAAGCUCAUCCAAGAGUGCGAAGGCCUGGGGAGAGAGGGCGAGUUCUCCACCUGCUUCACUGAGCUACAGCGAGCCUUCCUGAAGCAGCGCCCAGCCAAGCUCAAGAGCCUCAUCCGCCUGGUCAAGUACUGGUACCAAGAGUGUAAGCAGGAGCUUGGACAUCCCCUGCCGCCUCAGUACGCACUGGAGCUGCUCACAGUCUACGCUUGGGAGCGUGGGAGCGGGGAAGCAGACUUCAUCAUGGCUCAGGGGUUUCGGACCGUCUUGGAAUUAGUCCUGAACUACCGGCGUCUUUGUAUCUACUGGACAAAGUAUUACGACACGAACCAUUCUGUUAUCGGUCCAUACCUGAGGAGGCAACUCCAGAAACCCAGGCCUGUGAUUCUGGACCCAGCUGACCCUACAGGAAAUGUCGGUGCUGACAACCCACCAGGGGGCUGGGAGCGACUGGCAGGAAAGGCCAGAGACUGGCUGACUUACCUCUGCUUUAAGAAAUGGGAUGGGUCUCCAGUGGGCUCCUGGAAUGUACAGAUCUAAGAAGGCAGCCAAGAUGCCUGGAUAACCUGUGCUCUCGAGACUGACAGCUCGGCUCCACGGUUCCAGGCAGCGCCCCGGACCCUUUCACCGCCACAACGCACACCUGGCAGGGCCCCCUCCCAGGUGCACCGAGCAUAACCGAACCGCAGCUCACGCGUCGCCUCCCACGCGCACACCAGCCAAUCCUCGGCCUGCCUGCCCCGCCCGCCCCGCCUACCCCGCCUGGCCUUUCCCCGGGAACUGUGCUAAAGGUCCCGCCCCUGAGUUCGCGUUCCCCUCGCUCCCUCCGCCCUGUGAAAAACCACGGUGCUGCCCCGAGUGGCGACUGCACCUCCUCUGUCUAGGGACCCGUGAGUAUAAACCCGUUCCUUCAUGACGAUAUUCGUCUUUAACAUUAGCGAAAUAAUUUUUUUAAAGCCACUCCCACAGUCCCUCCCUCCGACCCGUUCAAAUUUGGGGCCUGUCCCUCCAGCCUUUUCUCUGACUCUGCCUGUCCCCCCCCCCCCCCCCCGUGCAUAGAGCUUUUAUAAAAGUGGGGUCCGGCCUCCUACCCUCUUUUGCCACCUGCUUGGUCGGGUUUAUCACUCCGUGCGAAGAGGGAAAUUUUGGCACCGUGUAACGGGGCCAUUGCCUUUUACCUUGUGGAUAAUCUGUCUGUGUUGUCUUCUGAGCGUUUCAGGAUUAUAAACAAUAUUACAGCCAUCAGUAGAUUUAGUUGAGUUAGUAAUUAGUUGCUUAAUUGGAAAGCCACAUAGAUCACACGGUAGUACUCAUUUUAAUUUUCUGAGGAAUUGCCAUAUUGUUUUCUACAGUGGCGGCACCAUUUUGCAUUCCCACCGACGGUGCCCGAGGGUUCCAGUUCCUCCCCAUCCUCACCGACGCUGUGUCUUUGGGUUUUAAAAAUAUAUAUAUAUAUGUUCUGUAGUAGCCAUUCUAACGAGCGAGAGGUGGUAGGUCACGGUUUUCAUUUUCAUUUGCCCAGUGAUUAGUGAUGUUGAGCAUCUUUUCAUAGGCCCGCGGCGGGCCAUUGGCAUGUCUUCUUGGGGGAAAGGUCUCUUCAAGUGCUUGGCUCCUUUUUAAAAUGAGGUUAUUAGUUUUGGGGUUUUUUUAAUUGUUUUGCUAUUGACUUGUAGGAGCUCCUCAUCAUUUUGAAAAUUGACGCCUUCAGUUUUAUGGUUUGCAAAUAUUUUCUCCCUUUCCAUAGCUUGCCGUUCACUUUAUUGAUUGUUUCAUUGUGAGUUUGAUGUAGUCUCUCUCGCCUGUUUUUGCUUUUGUCACCGGCACUUUGCGCAUCCAGUCAGCUGUCCUUCAACAGGGUCGCCAAGAACACACCCUGGGGAUGGGCUAUCUCUUUGACAAAAGGUGUUGGGAAAAUUGGACCCUUCUAUACUACCCCCACAAAUCAACUCGAAAUGGACUAAAGACUUGAAGAUGAAAUACAUUAAAAGACCACCUUGUCUUAAUUACUAUGAUCUUAAAAUAACUAGUAAUAUCUCAUAGGAAACUGUGUUCUCUCUUUUUUUAAAUCAAAAUCCCUGGCUUUCCUGGGCUCUAUUUGUAGGUUAAUUUUAUAAUCAUUUUGUAAAGUUUCACCCAAAAUCUGGGGAGGCAUUUAAUUGGAGUUACGUAAAUUGGCUUUGGAACAAUGACACCUAUAUAAUAUUAAAAAUCCCAAUCUGUGAA